CACCAGUGAACCGGAAGUACUUGGAUUUACUGAAACGAACGUUUUUGUUAGCUGAAGUGUUCCUAUUUGCUAUUUUCAAAAAAAAAUGUCUGUUACUCAUCUCGGACAAGGACAAUAAUUAAAAAUAAUUUAAGAUGUCAAUGUCUCACCUUUACGGAAGGAGGGGGGAGGAGGAGGAGGCAGAAGGAGUGGAGUUGGAGAGCUUUGAGGUGACUGACUGGGAUUUGGCCAAUGAGUUCAACCCAGACCGCCGCAGGUUCAAGCAAACCAAGGAGCAGGCCACCUAUGGCAUCUGGGCUGACAGGGAUUCCGAUGAGGAUGAGAGACCUAGCUUUGGUGGCAAGAGGUCUAAAGACUACACCACCCCUGUCAGCUUUGUGAGCGCUGGUCUGCGAAAAACUGCAGCUGAGGAAAAACAGCAACAACAAGAAGUAGGUUCUGAUGAAUCUGAUGAUGAUGCUCCUCCGGCGGCUCCUCCUCCUCCACGCACAGCAGCUCCCAGAAAACUUCAGAUGUCAAAUUUUGGAGGAAAUCAGUCCCAGAGGUUUGCAGGUGGCAUACAGUCUGGUAAAGGCAUCGGCACCUGGGAGAAGCACACCAAGGGGAUUGGACAAAAACUUUUGCAGAAAAUGGGAUACCAGCCAGGAAAAGGCUUGGGGAAAAAUGCUCAAGGCAUCGUGAACCCCAUUGAAGCAAAGGUUCGUAAGGGUAAAGGAGCAGUGGGUGCAUAUGGCAAUGAGCGAACUACGCAGAGUCUUCAGGACUUUCCCGUGGUUGACUCAGAAGAAGAGGAGGAAAAGGAAUUUAAAAAGGAAUUAGGCCAGUGGCGGAAGGAUCCUGCUGGGACUGCAGCAAAGAAGAAACCAAAGUAUUCCUACAAAACUAUAGAUGAGCUGAAAGCUAAAGGUAAAGUGGCCUAUCGGAGCACACCAGCCUCAGCGGGAGAACUGGCACAAGUCAAGGUCAUAGAUAUGACUGGGCGAGAGCAGAAGGUUUACUACAGUUACAGUCAGAUAUCAAACAAACACAGCGUUCCGGAUGAAGCCCCGCCGAGCCUGGCCACCCGAGAUCAGAAAGGUACUGGCUUUGCCCUCCCUGAGCUGGAGCACAACCUGCAGCUUCUUAUAGACCUCACAGAGCAGGACAUCUUACAGUCUGCCAGGCGCUUGCAGCAUGAAAAAGAUGUGGUUGUUACUCUGAGGCACGAGUCGCAGGCAUUGCAAAACCGACUGUCAAUGGAGCAGGAUGCCAUCCAAAGAAUGGAGGCCGUGCUGGCCUUAGUGGAGCGAUUUCCUACGGAGGAAACGCCACCAGGCGAAGAGCCAUCCCUACAGGAGUGUGCCCGGAUAUUCGAGACCCUGCAGACAGAUUAUUAUGAAGAAUACAAGACGAUGGGAUUGGGGGACCUGGCUGUCGCUGUUGUGCAUCCAUUACUGAAAGAGAAGCUCUCCUCAUGGGAUCCUCUGAAGGACAGUUCGUACUGUUUGGAAGAUAUCGGCCAGUGGAGGGCAAUUCUUGAAUCCAGAGACAUGCACCCCAGCGGUCCACAUUCAAACAUGGAUCCAUACCACAGAUUGCUAUGGGAAGUGUGGAUCCCAGUGAUGCGGUGCUGUGUGUCAAACUGGCAGCCUCGAAUAGUGGGGCCGAUGGUGGACUGUGUGGAUUUGUGGGCCCCUCUUCUACCUCCAUGGAUCCUUGAUCAGUUGCUGGAGCAGAUGAUCUUACCCCGACUACAGCGAGAGGUUGAUAACUGGAACCCUUUAACUGACACCGUUCCCAUCCACUCCUGGAUCCACCCUUGGCUGCCUUUGCUGCAAGCCCGGCUGGAACCUCUUUACCCGCCGAUCAGGAGCAAGCUGUCCAACGCUUUGCAGCGGUGGCAUCCGAGUGACGCUUCAGCCCGCCUCAUCCUUCAGCCAUGGAAGAAUGUUUUUACAGCUGGCGCAUGGGAGGCCUUCAUGGUGAAAAACAUCAUCCCUAAACUGGCCUUGUGUCUGGAAGAACUGGUGAUCAACCCCCACCAGCAGCAGAUGGAGCCAUUUCACUGGGUGAUGGACUGGGAGGGCAUGCUGUCUCCCUCCAGCCUUUUUUCGCUCUUGGAGAAAAACUUCUUUUCAAAAUGGUUGCAGGUACUGUGUUCCUGGCUGAGCAACAGUCCAAAUUACGAAGAAAUCACCAAGUGGUACCUCGGCUGGAAAAGCAUGUUCAGUGAUGUUCUGCUGGCACAGCCGCUUGUUAAGGAAAAAUUCAACGAAGCUUUGGACAUCAUGAACCGAGCAGUGUCUUCAGGCAUGGGGGGAUACAUGCAACCUGGCGCUAGAGAGAACAUCGCAUACCUCACACAGACGGAGAGACGGAAGGACUUCCAGUACGAAGCACUUCAGGAGCGCAGGGAUGCUGAGAGCGUGGCUCAUAGAGGCAUCAGUACUGGUGUGCCCAUGAACUUUAAAGAUCUCAUUCAGACCAAAGCAGAGGAGAACAACAUCGUCUUCAUGCCCUUAGUGGGAAAACGAUAUGAGGGGAAACAGCUCUACACCUUUGGGCGUAUUGUGAUCUACGUAGAUCGGGGGGUUGUGUUCGUACAGGGGGAGAAGACUUGGGUUCCCACAUCUUUGCAGAGUUUAAUCGAUAUGGCAAAGUGA